AUAGUGACGACUCUGCCUAUUUCCAGCAUUUAACAAUUCUUUUUCCCUCUUUAUUUUCCCGCCGGAGACUGCCAUUACCGAGUACUUUAACGGGUUCGAUCGGUAAAGCAAAAGUCAGAGAACGCCGUCGUCAUGGCAUCGACUUCAGCACCUCGAAGCGAUGCAGGUGCAUCGAGGAUAAAAUCCACUGCUUCCAACCUUUGCUACGAUAAUCAAUCGCUACUCGCCGAUAUUCGAAAAGCUCUGACUACCAUGAAGGAAAUUGGGGUUAGUCUGGAGAGACAACACAAAACCCAAAUGGUGAAUGAGCUUGAAGCUGAGUUAAUGGAGUUACUGAAAACUUAUGAGGAAUGUGCUAAUCUUUCUUCUGCAAUUGAUACUGUUGGAAACAGUUAUCGCCCCACUGAACAGCUGACUGAUUUUAAGAGCUUGUUAGACAAAGAGAUGGCAAAUGCCAAACGUCGUUCAUCAUCUGUCCCACAAGUUAAUCAAUUGUUACGCCAGUUCAGAGAAGCUAUAUGGAAUGUGCAUAAUUCUGGACAACCCAUGCCUGGUGAAGAACAGGAAGAUAUUGUAAUGACUAGCACGCAAAACAUCCUUUUAAAUAUAACUUGUCCCCUAAGUGGCAAACCUGUUAUUGAACUCUCAGAACCUGUUCGCAGCAUGGAUUGCAAGCAUAUAUAUGAAAAGAAGGCUAUCAUGGAGUACAUAAGGUCAAAGCAUGGUCAAUCUAAAUGUCCAAUGGCAGCAUGCCCUAAAAUAGUUAUUGCAGAAAGAGUGUUUUGUGACCCGUUAUUACGCAUUGAAAUUGAUGAAUCACGCUCGAUGAACAAGCAAACUGAAAGACCAAAUAUCAUAGAGGAUUUCACACAAGAAUCUGAAGAAGAAGAUUCUGACUGAAUCACACCUUUAAAAGAAACCCUAGGAACUUUCAUGGUAUUUGUGUUGAAGAAAUAACAUAAUAUGCAACUACAAAACUUAUCCCUCAAAUCUUGAUUUAAAUUUGUUAUCUUUUGGUGGGGAAUUUUUGUUGUGUCUUGUUGUGGAAUUGAAAGGGCAUACUAACAUGAAGGAGAUUUAUGUUUGUUUGCAUCUUGGAAGAUUGUAAGAAAGUUCCUAGAAAGCUAUGUUUUGGAUCCCAC